AUGCGCGAUACCCCCUCCAAGUUCAUCGAGAUCCUCGACCCCAAGGACUUGCACCUGUGCAUGUCCGAGUCCGACGUCCGCCUCGAGGAUGUCCUCGCCGACCACGAGGCGACCCUCAGUCGGCCACGCUCUUCCACCCAAUCCUCUACCAAGCCCUUGGACAAGUCACACCUUGCGCGCAACAACUCCACAUCACCAACCCAGGGGUGGAAGCGGCUAAGCAACAUGCUGGCGCAACCGCGGCGAAACUCCUGA